AGAGAGCCUUUGUAAUUUGACGUGUAAACAUUCUCGUCCCCUUCCACUGUUUACCCUCCGCUUGCUUUCCUUGAUGGUUCAAUAAGGCAAUAACGCAGUGAGAGGUCCUCUCUUUCCCACCCAGCACUUUGAAGGAAAAAAGACACGAACUAAGUGGAACCAACAGAAAUUGAUUUAUUUAAUAUUACUUACAUUUUCGAUUUGAAUUGUUGUCUUGCAUGCUUUCUAAGAGCAUCAAUCUAGUCGUAUUUUCUCUGAGAUGGAAAUGAGAUGUCGCCCAACAACCGUAAUGUGGUGUGCUUUUGCCGUUCUCUUCUCCAUCGCUCGUUCCGUGGAUGCUUCAUUCGGGGACAGACAGUAUCUCAACGAAUGGGCGGUGGAGAUUCCAGGAGGACCGGACGCCGCCAGGUCCAUCGCCAAAGAACUGGACUACAGACUAGUCCGCCAGGUAGGUUAGCGCCACAGUAACGCCCCGAGACCACGUUUAUCCUCGAGUAGUAUUGGAACUGUGUACUUCUCUCUUUACACUAUCUUUCUGUGUUAGAUUUGGCUCAGGGGAUGUCCUUGUCUCGGUAUCAGUAGCCUAUUCAGCUUUGUUUUUUAAAUUAUUCAUUUGGUUGUAUAAUACAUAGCUGUUGAAAGCUGAUGGAGGGCGCCACGGCAGCCUUGUUGCUGAUGUUGUAGCCUACACAGCAUCCUUACUGAACUUCUGCUUCAGCCAAGAUUUAAAACACAACAACUAUAGUGAUUGGUGUAUUCUGUCAAUCAUCUUCAUAAUUCUGGUCAGAGUGAGCAGGGAAAUUCAAUUGUGUAACCUAUGAAAUUUCCAUUAUUGGCUUUUUUACUUUAUAAUAAGUGAAUUGAUAUCAUCAAUCAAAAACAAAUAAUUUAGUCUAUCAGUAUAUUUGGGCAAAAGAUGGGGAUCCAAUCCAUAUUUUAAGACUUGUUCCUUUAAACAAGUUCAUUUUGUACUGUAUACAAUAGUCCCCUUCUGUAAAUAUGUCUAUCCUCAAUGUUGUAAUUGUCUACCCUGUCCAGAACAAUAGGCCUAUACACCCCCUGAUGAGCUCUCUAUAGUCUACUCAGAGGAACCUAGCUCUCUGACUACACAGGUCAACAACCUGUGUUUCCAUUCAGUCAAAGGGAUGGGUAUGAUGCCAUAUCAGCAUCAUCAAUAUAAUAGGCCUGAACUGUGGCUUAGAAUAACAUAUAGGUUAGGCCUAAAUUAUUUAUGCAAUUUCAGUUCUUUUCUUUUCCCCCUUUUUUUUUUACACAGAAAAUCAGGUGUUUCUAUGUCCAACGGUUUUGUUAUAUUUCAGUCUUCUGUGAUGUAUAUAAAGUGUAAUAUUGGGAUGCAAACUCAAAAUUGAAUACAUUUCAACUCUAUAUUUGACAUGGUACCUGUGGCUUCUUUUUUUUAAGCCCAUAACCAUUUGUGUGAGGUAUAUACUUUUCUUUCAAAGUAGAUCUGUUUAAGAAUACCAAGAAACACUCUGUGUGACCCUGAUUUAAAAGGUUUUUAAAAAUUACUGUAUUAUCUGUGAUUGAUUCAUUAUUUGCAAAUUUGCACAAUUUGUGUGAUAUUGUGACAAACACCUGUAUAUUCAGUGGGUUCAGCUAUGUUAACCUUGCUUUCUCAGGAAAUUGCUGAACAAGGCCUGCUGUAAAUACAGUCAGGUCCAAUAUUAUUUGCACCCUUUAUAAAGAUGAGCAAAAAAGACUGUAUAAAAUAUAUAAUACAAAUACUGAUCUAUAUUGUAUUUUUAAAAAAGUGAAAAUUAUAUUAUUGUAUACUAAUACAAUUGCUCAGAGAAAGAGAUUUUGUUUAACGAGUAAUUUAAAAAAAUCUCCAAAAGAUUAUUGGCAACCAUAUUUUCAAUACUCCAGCACAAUCUCCUUGCGGGGAUAACAACACUGAGCCUUUUUCUAAAAGGUUUUAUGAGAUUGGAGAACACAUUGGGAGGGAUCUUAGACCAUUCCUCCAUACAGAAUCUUUCCAGAUCCUUGAUAUCCUUAAUAUGCUCACAGGUUUUCAAUGAGGUUCAAGUCCGGAGACUGAAAUGGCCAUUGCAAAAUGUUGCGGUCAAUUAACCAUUUUUGUGGAUUUUAAUGUGUGCUUGAGGUUAUUGUCUUACUGGAAAAUCCACUUUCCGGCCAAGUUUCAGCCUCUUGGCAGAAGCAACCAGGGUUUUGGCUAAAUGUCCUGGUGCUUGGUAAAGUUCAUCAUGCCAAGUAAAGUGCCAAUGUUGUUUAGAAAACUCCAGCUGACAUGGUCAGCUGACAUGAAAAUAAAGCUCUUUGGCCACGCACACCAGAAAACAUAAGCAUAUGCAGAAAAGUACCUCAUACCUUCUGUCAAAUAUGGAUCUUUGAUGUUAUGGGUCUAUUUUGCUUCCACUGGUCCUGGGGCCCUUGUUAAGGUCACCAGCGUCAUGAACUUCACCAAGUACCAGGACAUUUUAGCCAAAAACCUGGUUGCCAUUUUCUUUUGCAUACAAUAUUAUGUAGCUCAAUAUUUGGAUUAUUUAUUUUAUACAGUCUGUUUUGCUCAUUUUAUCAAGGGUGCCAAUAAUUUUGGACCCGACUGUAUAAGUAAUAAGGAAACUGGCAUGCCUAUUGCUGUUGUGGUGGUAUCUGCCUUCCAGUCACAUAAAUAUAAUAAUAUAAUAUUAACAUCUUCUACCGAUGUUUGAGAACGAUCUAAGGUAGCCUAUUGAUUUAACAAGCUGUUCAAUACAUUCAAAGUGAGAUGUCCUUACUGGUGUAAUAUGACCCAAGGUGCUUAUAUGGCGAUGCCAAAGGAAAAUGUCCAUCCUGGAUGGACAAUUGGGUUAUAUUCUUAAAUUCUAUUCUAUAAUUAAGAAUUGUUGCAUUAAUAAUUACAUUCAGUCCUAUGGGGAUUGACAGGAAGAGCUUAAUGGUGUUACAUCACUGCUAUGAAAUAUUCAAUAACCCACCACUCUCCUCGUCUGCAGAUUGGGGCGCUAGAAAACCAUUACUUGUUCAAACACCAGACUCAUCCUAGCAGGACGAAACGAAGUGCCGAUCACAUCACCAAACGCCUGUCCGAGGAUGAUCGGGUAAAUAAUCCUAUAUCUGUAACAUUGUCUAUGGCUGUGUUUGAAAUGGUACCCUAUUUCCUAUUCAGUGCUCUACUUUUGACCAAAACACUUGUGCGUGUGCAUUAGCAACACAAACAAAAUUACAGUAUAAACAUAAGUAAGGCAUGGGUUCGAAUCCAGCCCACUGGCCUUUGACUCUAGCCUGGGUGCCAGUCUGUUUCUCCUAUCUUGCCAACUACUUAUAGGAUUGUCAUGCCAACGACAAUGCCUUGGCUUGACAACGACAACGACAAUGGAGUAGACAAAAGCACAAACAGAUCUGAGACCAGGCUACUUUGACUCAUCCUCCCCUCUAUCUUCCCAUCUCUCCAACUGUAUUAUCGCUUGAAUAAAGCUUAAUAAAUAUGAAAUGAAUGGGACUGCCCCACCCCUUAAAAAAAUGUUGAUUGAUUCUCUUAUCUCGUUGGGUGUCUAGGUAUCGUGGGCGGAGCAACAGUAUGAGAAGCGGCGCAGUAAGCGGGCUUCGCUGGGAUCAUGCCGGGACUGUCCAGUGGACAAGCUGUUCGAUGACCCCAUGUGGAACCAGCAGUGGUACCUGGUAUGUCAUAAAGAGCCCUUAUCUCUCUCUUAUCUCUGAUAUGUCACCAGUUGGUGACAUAUCAGUUUGGAUAUUAAGAUUGGUCUAUUAAGAUUGUUUUUUGGUUGUUUGGUGGUCCAUGUGGUGUUUUGGUUAUUUGGGUUUUCAUGGUGGCUAAUAGCUGAUGCCACAAUGUUAGAAUUCAAACCCUACAUACACAGCAAUCAAAAAUGUGUUUUCUGACCCUAGGUUGGGUGUUUAUGUUAUUUAUGGUUAUUUGGUUGUCAUGGUGGCCAAUAGCUGGUGCCAGAAUUGAAGUCCUACAUAAACUACAGAUUAUGUGUUUUCUGACCCGACCAUCAGUUCAGAUCCGGCUGGUGUCUUCUGCUGCCUUCCGUUUGGCCUGAUUCACAAACACAAUCCUAGACUGGUCCCAGAUCUGUAUGUGCUGUCUUGCCAAUUUCUAAUGGUCAUAGUCAUUAGGUAUUGGCAAGACAGCACAAACAGAUCUGGGACCAGGCUAACACAAUCCCAGAGCCUUCUGAGAUUCAGCUCUGGCAGGAAUGGACAGCUCCCCAAUGCUGAGUGUGUCACAGAGCGGAGACUUUGCCUUCACAACCCUUUUGGAUGAUGAGCUUGCAGGUCUUGUAUUAGGGGGUUGAAUAUGUGUUGUGGGGUAGUUUAUAUCACAAUUAGCAUCUGUCAAAAUGAAAGGAAAACGUUAUAUGUGUGAGGAAUACUCUGUGUGUGUGUGUGUGUGUGUGUGUGUGUGUGUGUGUGUGUGUGUGUGUGUGUGUGUGUGUGUGUGUGUGUGUGUGUGUGUGUGUGUGUGUGUGUGUGUGUGUGUGUGUGUGUGUGUGUGUUCGUGCGUGCGUGCGCAUGCGUUUCAUAGCAAGAGAGGAUGAGAUAAAUAUCUUCAGCGAUCAUGCAUGAAUAUGUGUGGGACACUUGAGAAAUGUGAGACAAUAGGUUUUUACUCUGUGAUAAGCUAAUUAAUUAGUAAUCAUCCAAAAUCCCAGCCGAAAGACCCAUUUGUUUAAUUGAACAUGCUGGCCUGGUAGGAGAUUGUAAGGGAACUCAACUUUCUCCAACCAUAAUCCAGUGGAACGGAAUAGGCUGUCGCACAUUAAGACCCAAUUUAGCGGUUAUUUUAGCCCAUUCAAGCCAAGCCAGUGGAUGAUAGUGUCACAGCUGUGUCUUCCCUACCGGAUACAUUACAGACAGUACAUCCACUUUGUCCUGUGUUUAGGAUUAGGCUGACCCUACGGUAGUCCAAUUGGACUCCUUUUAUUCCAUGUCAUUAGUGAUUGAUGGAUUACUUUCAUAGGUUAUGUUUUGAUAGCUUCCAAUAAUAGCAUUUUUGCUAUUUUUGGAGAGAACAGUUUGUAAGGGUUGAUUUAAAGUAUUUGGUCAUUUAUUAAAAGCAUUGGCCGUGUCCGAAUAUCCGUACUUGCGUCCUAAAUAGUAGGCCGUUUGGGUAUGCGAAAAUAUAACAUUUUAUGUGAAAUGUCAAAGAUUGUGUUUGUUUAUGUUUAGAUGCCAGGAUGUCAUACUAAUUUCGGCUUUUUAUCUAGUGCAAAUUUGCUACAUGCUACUGAGGAAGAUAAUUGUAUUUUCAGACCCACGUGUGUUUGACAAUAGGCCUAGCUGAUAAUCAGCUGAGAAUUAGACAAGGGGAUGGGCUGUACCAAAAUGAACGAAUGGCGAUAAACAAAGCAAUUGGCAUUAAAUUAUGCAUUUUGGGUGAGCCUAGUAUUUUGAUAUUUGUUGCUUACUGCAUAUAUUUUUACUAAACAGUACAUUCUAAGUAGUAUGAUUAGUACAUAGUAUGUCAUUUUAGUAAGACAUAUUUCGGACACAGCCAUUGAGUCAUUAUUUCUAAUGUCUUUAUUAGUUUUCCAGUCAACACCUGUUAUCUCAAAGAUAGGACGUGUGUGUAUGUGUGUGUGUGUGUGAUUGUCUAAGUUUACAUGCGUCAGUGUGUGUAUUUUAUCUGCUCUUUCCAUUUUCCCUGAACUUGAUGAUCUGAGUCAUUCACUACAGGAAAUAAGAAAAUAAAUCGAGAUGGACCCUUUUUACCUAUCUGGCCUGAUGAUCCUAAUUGAAUUGGUCAUGAAGUGCUCAUUUACUAUAUGUCAGUAAACGGGCAUGGCUGACAAACACCUACACCCGCCCACUCACUUGUGACAGCACUCUGAUUGGCCUAGGGUGGCCCUAGGGACUGUCAGUCAGGGACAUCAAAUAGGCAAGAAGCAACAAGAGAUCAAGUAUGUCAAUGUUUUAUUUCUUACAUUUCUGCUAUGACGGCUUUGUCUUUAGCCUCUACUUGACUAUAGAUAGGUAGAUAUAGAGAAAGAAAGAAAGAAAGAAAGAAAGAAAGAAAGAAAGAAAGAAAGAAAGAAAGAAAGAAAGAAAGAAAGAAAGAAAGAAAGAAAGAAAGAAAGAAAGAAAGAAAGAAAGAAAGAAAGAAAGAAAGAAAACAGUAGUAAUAGCCAAGAAAAUAGAGAUGUGAGGGAGGGGUGUGUGGGAGGUCAUAAAAGGAGGGAUAGAGGAAGAGAGAUAAAGCUAAUGAGGGAUAGCAGCAAUGAGACGGUAGUUGAAGGGAGGAUAGAGUGAUAGUGAGAGGAAAGGAGGGAAAAAGGAGUACGUAGAGAGGUAGAGGGAUGGAGGGAGGGAUGAAGAAGAGGAUGUGGACAGAGGUAUGGAGGAACUGAUGGAUAGCAGAAAUGAAGGGAGGUUGGAGUUAGGGGCAGAAGGCAGUGAGGGAGAAAGACUAAAUUGAUAGAGGGGGGGAUGGAGAGAGUGAUGUGGAGAUAGGAAAGACGGAGGUAGAGAUAGAGACUGCGUGUAGGGAGAGUGUCUCUUUGUCUCCUAGGAGUGUGUGACUGCCUGAUAAAGGAAUCAAAGGAGUGACUCAUAAUAGAUUGAGAUUCCUCCCUCCGUCAUGGGAUGUGUGUGUGUGUGUGUGUGUGUGUGUGUGUGUGUGUGUGUUUGUGUGUGUGCGUGCAUGUGUGUCAUGCGUGCGUGCAUGCUGAUCUCAGGUCUCAGUUUGUGCACGUAAGCGUGUGGAUGCUGAUGUGUUGGUUUACCGCAAGUGUCCAUUCUGAAUGUAUAUUUGUGCGUGCGAGCUGGGCUAUUUGGAGACCACAGGUUAUGUGCCAGUCAAUAGAUGAGUCAUCCAAUAAGAUACCAAGACAGAGGAGCUACAGAAGAGGAGCUACAGAAGAGGAGCUACAGAAGAGGAGCUACAGAAGAGGAGCUACAGAAGAGGAACUACAAAAGAGGAACUACAAAAGAGGAACUACAGAAGAGGAACUACAGAAGAGAAACUACAAAAGAGGAGCUACAGAAGAGGCACUACAGAAGAGAAGCUACAGAAGAGGAGCUACACAAGAGGAGCUACAGAAGAGGAACUACAGAAGAGGAGCUACACAAGAGGAGCUACAGAAGAGGAGCUACAGAAGAGGAACUACAGAAGAGGAGCUACAGAAGAGGACGACAGAAGAGGAGCUACAGAAGAGGAGCUACAGAAGAGGAACUACAGAAGAGGAGCUACAGAAGAGGAGCUACAGAAGAGGAACUACAGAAGAGGAGCUACAGAAGAGGAACUACAGAAGAGGAGCUACAGAAGAGGAACUACAGAAGAGGAACUACAAAAGAGGAACUACAGAAGAGGAGCUACAGAAGAGGAGCUACAGAAGAGGAACUACAGAAGAGGAGCUACAGAAGAGGAGCUACAGAAGAGGAGCUACAGAAGAGGAACUACAGAAGCUUGAGUUCUGAUAUCUCCGAUAUUCUACCACAUUCAUACGUUUUGGUAAUUUGAUAGGAUAUCUACAAUGGGGAAAUGUCAUAUAUUUCACUGUUUUGUCAACCGUCCCUGUUGUAGAAACGUAUGGUGUGGCAUCUGUGUGGAUGGAUGAAUAGGAUGGUUUUAAAGAUAAUUCAAAACAGAGACGGUCUCCCACAACCACCCCCAUCCCUUCACUUCCUCCAGUAGCCAGAGAGAAACAGAGAAAGGGGGAGCUGAAGAGGAGAGAGAGAGGGUAGAUCGGUGAGAGAGGAGAAAUGGGAAAGAAACGGAGCAAGAGGGAGAAACAGAAAGACAGGGUCCAAAAGAGAGAGCAAGAAGAAGGAGAGGCGGGGGAGAGAGGGAGCAAGAGAGAAGAUAAAAAGAGGGAGAGAGAGAAAGGAGAAGAGGAGAAAAGGAGAAAGGGAGCAGAAAGAGGGAACAAGAGAUGAAAAAGAGGAAAGGAGUAAAGGAUAAAAGAGAGAGAGAGAGGGUGGUGUUCCGCAGUGUCUUUGCAUAAUGUGGGAGCAGAGCAGCUCCAAAAUGUUCCUAGUCUUUUUUUGUCCUGUCUCCUGCUCUGAAUCAUCACAUCUGCCCUCAGGGAGGACUGCUGCUAGCACGGCACUGCUGCACUCUUUCUACCCACUGAUUAGCCAAUUAACACUAGUUGGGCACCCCACACAUAUACACACACAUUACAUGCAUUAAAGGGACCACUGAUUAUUAGAUAGAGGCUUGGUAGAGGUGAUAGAGGCCUUGCACUAUGACACAUAAUCAUGACAUAUUAUCAUUUUAUUACACAUCGCAAGAUUCGCAACCGUAGCACGGUCUUCAGUGAACCACUUAUAUAAAUAAUUUUGUUCUGGGCUGAAAUAUUAGCCUGAACACUCUACAUAACAAGGUUUUCUUAUGCCUACCGUAAGUGGUCAAGAGAGCCAGGACAAAGAAAGCAACAAGUUGAUAAUUAAUUGAUAAAGGUCAAUGUGGGACAUGACUGUCUCCAUUAGCGAAGAUGGAGCUAGCGUAGCCAGACGGCCAUCUUAGGUUGACCUUUCUCCAUUAUUUUCAUGAUAUUUGAUUUUCACAGAUGCAAUUUAGGUGAGGUACCUCAUUCCUUAAAUGGUAAAAUGCACUUUUUUCCAGUUUCAGUGACUCUGUCAACAAAAACAUAUAGUAUAGGUGUGCUACUUCCUGUGCGUAAAUCCAGUGCCAAUGUCAUGCAUAUGUCAAUGAGCUUAUAAGCUCUAUGAACACUGUAUGUAUGCUUUAUGAAUAGGGUUCUAUAGUUCAACAAAUGUAAUGAAAACCACUCUCUCUCCUUCUCUUCCAGCUUAUAUGACCUCAAUGUAUGCUUUAAUGCUAUAUGUACUGUAUACAUGAUUUAAUUACAAAUAACUAAAACUACUCUCUUUCCUCCUCCUCCUCCUCCUCCUCCUCCUCCUCCUCCUCCUCCUCCUCCCCUGUGUCGGCCAUCCCAGCAAGACACUCGGACGUCAUCCUCCCUGCCCAAGCUGGACCUCCACGUGAUUCCCGUGUGGAAGAAAGGGAUCACAGGGAAAGGAGUGGUCAUCACCGUGCUGGACGACGGUCUGGAGUGGAACCACACCGACAUCUACCCCAACUACGUAAGACCACAUUUCCAUGGCAACAGGCAUCACUAAGGGAGAGCGUUCCCAUAGCAACAUUGGUGACACUUACACAGCCAUUCAUGAAGCACUAAUAAGCAGUAAUAAAUUGCAGUAUGAUAGGUGGUGAUGACGGUUGGAAGCAUGCAGAGACUAUAGAACUGGAAAUCAAUAAUAGGUGGAAUUAUUAUGGUCCUGGAUUAUUUUGUAGUGGUUGUGUUGACAGGGACUACAGUAUAGUUGGCUUGAAAAGCACAAAGUUGUCUUUAGCAUUUAUCAAGGUUUUUUCCUUAGGCUAAAGUUCGUAGUGAAGAAGUCUUAGCUAGUGACUAGUGUUUGCACAUUUUGUAAUUGUUUCUGUUCAAGCUGCAAAUAAUCAACAUUUAGACCGUCAUGCCUCAUUGCAGGUGAGACGAAGGUUUUAAACAAUUUUUGGUCAGCUAGUUUUUAAUAAUGAACCAAAGCUUGUCAGACAGUCAUGUUGGCACAUUUCUCAAAUCUUGAGAUGAGAGGAAAUCUGAAUGGAUUAGAAAAAUCACAUCUGCGUUUUGAAGGCAAACAGUUAUUUCUCUAUGAGACACCAGGCAUUCGGAGACAGCUAUAGGGUCUUUCUAGAGAGAGAGAGAGAGAGAGAGAGAGAGAGAGAGAGAGAGAGAGAGAGAGAGAGAGAGAGAGAGAGAGAGAGAGAGAGAGAGAGGAGAGAGAGAGAGAGAGAGAGAGAGAGAGAGAGAGAGAGAGAGAGAGAGAGAGAGAGAGAGAGAGAGAGAGGAGAGAGAGAGAGAGAGAGAGAGAGAAUAACAACAAGGCUGAUAGAAUGGACUCUGACUAUAAUUAGCACGACUGUGAUUAAUCAAAGGGACUUAAUCAAGCGAGACGCUCAUCCAUCCUCACUCAAACAAAAGUAGGUAGGUAGGUUUGGGGAAGAUGGAUGGGCGUAUACCUCAAACCGACUAGCGAUCCAAAGGUUGCGUGUUCGAGUCGUGUAAGGGACAACUAUGCAUUUUAGGUAACCCUUCCCCUAAACCUUUUCUUAACCUUAACCUAAUUCUCCAAACAUUUUAUGUAAAUUCUUCUAACCUUUGACGUUUAGUUCUCUUAACAUGUUACGUUCAUUAUCCCAACCUUUGUCGUUAGUUCUUCUAAGCACCAACCUAAAUUCUCCCCAUAAUUCUCCUUUGUUGCUAUAAUAAAACAAGCAACCCGGUCUCAGAGAAAGACGUAUAAUACUAUACGUCCUUCAAGAUGUGGCUACUAUACAUUAGGGCAGGGGUACUCAACUCUUACCCUACGAGGUCCGGAACCUGCUGGUUUUCUGUUCUACCUGAUAAUUAAUUGCAUCCACCUGGUGUCCCAGGUCUAAAUCAGUCCCUGAUUAGAGGGAAACAAUAAAAAAAACUGUUGAACGGCUUCAAGGUCCAGAAUUGAGUUUGAGGGUUAUACGUCGUUCUAAUUCGAAUGAUAUUGUUUGACCACUAUUUUUUUCGUAAUGUAACCUAACGUAAUGUAAUAUAUCAUACUAAAUGGAGGGAACAAUGUACAUAUGAAAUCCUAUGAAUUGCCCUGAGACUAGGUUGAAAAGUUAAUUUGAAUGAAUUAGAUGCAUUUCAAAUGUAUGGAUAAAUUGUGUGUGGUUCAGACUCUCAGCUUUACUACAGAUGAUAAUGACACAUCUUAUUCAGUUUCUCCAAACUUGUAGCAAUAAACCUUUCAGACGAAGACAUAUUGACAAAUGUUCUACAUAUCCCUUUCUCAAAACGAAUGGUUUUGUUUCAGCCCUAAAUCAUUUCCUCCCUCGUCCUCUUGUCUGGUGUUCAACCAUCCAUGUAAUUUACAGUCCCUCUCAGUGACAGUAGGUUGGUUCUCGGUCCAGUCACCUAAGUGGGUUAAGUGGGUUGACAGAUUGGGUUCUGGACCGUAUGGUGAUUUUCCCCUCUCUCUCUUUCUUCUCCAGGACGCAGCAGCCAGCUACGAUUUCAAUGACAACGACCCUGACCCCUUCCCCAGAUACGACUCCACCAAUGAGAACAAGUAAAUUGUCUAUUUAUUUUAGGGAUAUACCUGCUAUCAUGUCUUUUUGUGACAUAUGGGAGAAGUGUGUAGCAUUUUUCACACACAUUUGUCUCUUUUCAAAUCAUAAUUUGUAUAUUCAUUAUUUACAUGCAUAGGUCUAUUACUUAUGUGGGCUAUGUAGCAUAGUAGCCAAUCAAAAUUAUCAUGACAUCCAGUACUAAUGUAGAAUACAUGUUCCUUAUUGAUCGGGUCCCAUGCAGUCUGGUGACCACUAUAAAACCCAUGUAAUCCUGUUCCUAGUUACAGCAUCCUCACUGUCUAUUACACAACUAGAUAAUAAGGGGAGCAGCCAGCUAUCCCGCUUACAGUAACACCCGAACACACACAGGUCACACCGGCUGGAAAUGGGCAUAUCUGGCACACACAGAUGUUCCAACUGGAGCUGUUGAUGUAACAACAGUCAUAUUGAUAAGGUUUCUCGUUGAUUCCCAAGCAAUCUAUAGAUUUAUAAUUUGUCUACAUUUAACGUAAAAUACAGUAUUUAUUGUAGUACCUACAGAUUGUAGGCUGGGAGCUAUAUAUGUUGGACUGUAGGUUAGUGUUUGGGUCAGUAAAAGAAGUGGGCCAGAAUGACACUCAGGCUAUCGACUAAAUCUUUCCAGUCUAUCUCCCAUUGUGCUUGUUAGCGUAAGCUUGUGGUAGUUCCCAUAGAUGUAGAAUUACAGAAUUACAGAUAGUAGAAUUAUAGUAAUUCUAUUUCUAUGUGUAUAUCCAACCAUAGCAACUCAAAGCAGUCCAUUUUACCUCUGACAAAAUGCCACCGUCGGAAUCUGAGGGAGAGAGAGAAAAUGUUAAAAGCACACAGAAAACCUCUUACUAAAACCCUCUCAAUGGUUCAAUGCUCUCUCGCUCUCUCUAUCUCUCUCUCUCUCUUGUCUCACAGACAAUACCUGUAAAUGAUGACUCACUCUAUGCCAGCUGUGAGGGUUACACAAACACACACACACACUCAGCCCCCCUCCCCACCCAUGUUAGUGCACUCUUUUGUUGUCAAUGUACUCUGGUCACACUGUAUAAUUUAGACUCUAGCAGCAGGCUGUUUAUUGUCUCCUAUAAGCAUGCCAAACGACAUGAAACCAAAGGGCCUUCCAUUUUUGGUUGACAAGAUUCUCCCUCAAUAUCAAUAUUUUCAAUGGCAAGCACAUAAUUAGAUGAAGAAUCUUACAUAACCACAUGGAAACUAAUCGAGGGACACUGGCACUCUUUCAGAGGUUUUAUGGUGGAUCCAAUCUGUUUUUGAGAUUUUAAAGUUUACUGUAAGCAAUAUUGAGAUUUACUAUAAACCAGUUUGCAAAGGUUCCAGAUCAGACUGGUUUAUUCGGAAUUCACUGCUACAUGUAUAUGAAAUUAGAACACAGAAUAUUAGAAAUGAGAAUUUUGUCAGUUAGGGCCAGUUUGUAAAGAAAAAAGCAGUUAUGUUUAGUUGUAAGUGUGUGUUCUGUUUCUGUAUGUACUCAGGCAUGGAACCAGGUGUGCCGGUGAGAUCGCCAUGCAGGCAGAUAACAAUAAAUGUGGAGUCGGGGUGGCGUACAACUCCAAGGUUGGAGGUAAGAGAUGUAACUAGCAACGUGCAUGCCUUGCCCACCUGAUGAUCUCUCUUUUUCUGCCAUCUAUUUCUGUGUUUGAGGGGUGCAAAAUCCCCUUGUCACUUAAAUAUCACUAGAUUAAUUGCUUGAGUUUUACUCUGGCGACUCCUUCCCACUCUUGCUUGUGCCAUUCGUUUUUUUCUGUUAACGUAACAACCACGGAAACGUUUGUAAUGGCGUGUCAAACAAUCUCCAGUAAAGGCUGAAAUGGGCUCUAUGGAAUACAUUGGCUGUAGCUCAGCUGGUAGAGCACGGCGCUUGUAACGCCAAGGUAGUGGGUUCAAUCCCCGGGACCACCCAUACACAAAAAUGUAUGCACGCAUGACUGUAAGUCACUUUGGAUAAAAGCGUCUGCUAAAUGGCAUAUUAUUAUUAUUAUAUUAUUAUAAGAACGUUAACGCUUCGUCGGGAUUUAACACGCCAUCUCAACACUUACAUCACAAGAAAGAGAAGGAAGAUUUUUUGUACAAUUGAUGAAAAGUAAUGAUUUAAUACAUAUGAAUUUAUUACAAAUUAGAUGUGCUGAAAUGAAAGCAACUUCCGAAAAAGAACACUCAGAUUAUAGUGAAAUUAUGUCUGAUCUCGCAAACAAUGUAAAGUACAGUAUGUACAGAUAGGGGUUAUCUAGAGCCAAGCGUUUUGAUUUUAAAUCAUGUGGGUAUCCUUCUCUUAUGCAAGAGAACAUGACAACAACAGUAGUGAAUGAAUCAUUAAUGAGGCAGUCUAGACAGCACAGGUGAGCGCAGGUAGGCCUAGACAGAGCACGUGUUUGGUGGUUGCAGGCAACUUGCAGUUCUGUUCAACUCCUUUAUAUGAAUUUAUUCAUGUGUGCAAAUACACCCAGUGAGGCAAAUGAGGCAGAUAUAAUUUUCUUUAUUUUAUCACAAAGUAUUACAAAAAUACCUGAUAUACUAAGAAAAUGUAUACAUGACUGCAUAAUAAGAAUAAAUUGUGACAUUUUACAAUAAAUUGAAUACCCGAAUUCCCACCAAAAUGCCUCAACUUAUUUAUUAUUUGUCCGUACUAUAAUUCAGGCAAUAUCUGAGGGAUUAAAACAAUUCUAAAAGUUUGGAGUAUCUUCAUUCAUUGUCCAACUGUUUCAUUUAGAAUAGCAUUUUAACAAUUUCAAAGACUGUUGCUAAUGUAACGCAAGCACACUUGUGUGUGUAUGUGUGUGUGUGUGUGUGUGUGUGUGUGUGUGCCUGUUAUCGAACGUGAGCCAGAUAGCAUAUGAUAGCAAUAUGUGUAGAAUUACAGGAAAUUAGCUUUAAAACUGCACAUUUUUCUCUUAACCUCAGGAAUUACUUUUAGAAUAGCAUUAUAAAACGGGUACAAAUUCUAUAUAUAUUUUUUUUUUAUGGGGGUGGGGGCCCCCCAGAGGUUGGUGCUCCGGGGCCCCAAAUGCUGUAGUCCGGCCCUGUGUGCGUACAUUGUUUGUGUGACCCAGACAACAGCUGGAAGAUGUCCUGGUGGCGGCCUACUUUUUUGAGCGGAUGAUUACGCAAUACCACUUAACCAAAUGACUGAGCAACAAUUGGGCAUCUGUUCCUCACUGGGGCUAAAACAUAGCCAGAGAGGAGGCAAAUCAUAUGUAAUAUUAAAAUGAGAAAAUCUAUUUGGGGGCACAAGACCACUCUACUUGCGAAGUAUGACUUAAAACAUUUCAACUACAGUCAAAUAACUAUUUGCAUCAUGUUGACCCUGCAGGGAUCCGCAUGUUGGACGGUAUCGUGACGGACGCCAUCGAGGCCAGUUCUAUUGGCUUCAACCCAGACCAUGUGGACAUCUACAGUGCCAGCUGGGGACCCAAUGACGAUGGCAAGACGGUGGAGGGCCCCGGUCGCCUGGCGUCAAAGGCCUUUGAGUACGGCAUCCAGAAGGUAACACACCACAGUCCUCUCUUUUUUACCCCCUCAAAAAACAGCAUCACAUGAAUCAACAUCAUGUUAUUCUGUUGUGUCACCAAGUUCAUAUUCAUUGUAAAAUUGACCGUUCAACAAACAGCACUCAACACAUAAUGACUUUUAUUUAUAAAUAAGGUUCAGAAAGGAAACACCAUUUAUUAGAAAAGAUGAACAUUAGAAUACAUUAGGACUUGGCAAUUGGCUCUAUAGCUCACUGCCAGAGCAAAGUGUCAAACAUAAUAAAAUAACUACAGGCAGUGAGCACAGUAUGCCAUACCAAUCACGCUGCAGGAAGAAAAACAAAACCAAACAGGUGGAGGCUGUGGUAGUGGUGGGUAGCAAGAACAAGCAAACGCAUACUAGCAGUAGCAGAAAGCAGGAGCAAAGCAUGUGUUCAGAACCCGGUCAGCUUAAAUAGAAUGCCAUAUUAAGGUAGGAAGUGUUAUUAACUUCUGAUUGGUGCAAUCUCAGCUGAUAAAUAUACACAGGUUUCCCUUCUGAACCGGCUUCGCUUUAUAGCUCAAAUGAUUAUUACAUCAUGAUUAUUCCACUUUUACCCACAAAGCAGUCAAAACAAAUGGCCUAUCUAAAUACAUUGAAAUUGGGUAAAAAGGGAAGAUAGACAAGGGAUCUAAGCUAAAGGCUACAGAAAAAACAAACUUAACACUAACUCCUCACCCGUCUCCUUCCCCUCAGGGCCGCGGCGGGAAGGGCUCCAUCUUUGUGUGGGCAUCGGGGAACGGGGGCCGCCAGGGGGACAACUGCGACUGUGACGGCUACACGGACAGCAUCUACACGAUCUCCAUCAGCAGUGCCUCCCAGCAGGGCCUGUCUCCCUGGUACGCUGAGAAGUGCUCCUCCACCCUGGCCACCGCUUACAGCAGCGGAGACUACACCGACCAGAGAAUAGUGAGUAAAAGUGACCCCCACACCACACCACUGGAUAGUGGAGAUUUGUAUUGUGUUAUGUUUUGUUACAUAGUUUUUUUAACUUGACUUAACUUUUAUUUACUGUAACUGUGGUUUCUUUGUUUACUUCUGUGUCCCUGCAGACCAGUGCUGAUUUGCAUAAUGAAUGCACCGAGACACACACGGGAACCUCCGCCUCCGCCCCACUGGCUGCUGGGAUAUUUGCCCUGGCACUGGAACAGAAGUAAGGCAACAAUCUUGACAUAAACAAUGUCAAUGGAAUAUGUAUAUAGGACUUCCUUUCGUAAUGAAAUAUGUGUUUAGGACUUCCUGUCAUAAUGAAAUAUGUGUUUAGGACUUCCUGUCUGACUUCUUAUUUGUCCAUCCCCACUAACCCCUCCCCCCAGCCCUGAGCUGACGUGGAGGGAUCUGCAGCACUUGGUGGUGUGGACUUCUGAGUUCGACCCGCUGGCCAACAACCCCGGCUGGAAGAGGAACGGGGCAGGCCUGAUGGUCAACAGUCGUUUUGGAUUCGGCCUGCUCAACGCUAAGGCCCUGGUGGACCUGGCCGACCCGGCCACCUGGAAGCACGUCCCCGAGAAGAAGCAGUGCAUCAUCAGGGACGACUCCUUCCAGCCCAGGUACAAAUACACUGCAGUAGUCUAG